AUCUCUUUCGGUGUCUCAAGUGUCUCGAUUCUCGAAUGUGACAUGGCGUCCAUCAAGAUAUAUCACGGCCUCGUAUAAAACUGUUUUAAUGACAGUGAUCUAAUUUAGCAUUUUAUUUUAGAGGCCGUAAUAAAUUGUACAUUUGCAUUGAUGGUAAUGCAUGCAAGGAAACCUCAGCGAAUAAGCGAUGGGUACUUUGAGAAACACCAGGCCCAUCCGUACCAGAAGUACAACUCAAAGAGAGCUGGCAACGAGUACAACACUCCUGAGAGCCGCUACACACCACUCAGAUCCCCCAACGGCAAUGUGCCCACUCACAGUCACAGUGGGCACACAGGCCACACCGGCCACUCUACCCAUGGUCACCACCACUACAAUCACAUGCCAGAGGACAGAGGAUAUGUCACAUCAAGAAAUUCCUAUAUGCAGAAAGGUUCUGAAAAGGAGAGAGAUAGAGACUACAAAUCCUCUAGAAAUAAGUAUACAGAUGUUAGAUCACCUAAAGAAAAACGUAUCAAAGAUAGUGAAAGAGAAAAAAAUAACCAUGAACGAUGUGAAUCAGAGAAGAAAAGUAGGACUAGUGGCAUGAACAGUAGUGUAAAUAGAAGUAGUAAAUACGACAAGAGGAGUGCACCCUCCUCCAGUGUGCAUGCGGCCAGUGAAUGGUCUGAGCAUAUUAGUUCUUCAGGGAAGAGAUACUAUUAUAAUUGUGUGAGUGAGAUAUCUCAGUGGGAGAAGCCGAGAGAGUGGGACUCAAGAAGAACAACAUCCAAAGAUUCAACAUAUUCCUCAAGAAACAGUCGGGAUAAGCGGUCAAGGAGUAGGUCGGGGCGACGGGAAGACAAGAGCAAACGGUCCAACACAGACAGGUAUUGGCGGGAGGACGACCACGAAAGACGCUCCAAGCACUCAAGCACGCAGCAUGAAGGGAAAGAUGGCCAGUCCCUCCAGGACAUGGACAUAUCCCCUGACCGGAGCACGCCGCUGUCGGAGCACUCGUACCGGGACGCGCGCGCCGACCCCGCCGCUCCGCCCCCCGUCGUCGUGCUAGACAACUCUAACCAGCCGAGCGGUUCACUCCUGGCGGCGGCGUUACCCCGGAUCGCCGGGUGCGCCAACAACGGGGCGUCGCCGGCGAGCGGGGGCGGCACCCCUCACCGCGACGCCGGCCCGCCCACUCCCACGCACUCUGAGAGCAUCGACCCGCACGCCCCGCCUCUACACCUCGAGACCGCGCUGCCCAGAAAGAUGGAGUGCCUGGGCAGCUACUCGUCCGUGGUGGGGAGUCUGCAGCACGCGCCGCCGAUGUUGACGCCGUCGCUCGUCAACUACGUGCGGGCCGAUCUCACGUCGCACGUCACCGCGUGGCCCGCGGAUAUAUUGGAGAAGCAGGCGAACAAGUUUACGGAAGAGGCGUACCAGCUUGGUUGCCUGCAGUGUACGCGCGUGUCCGCCGAGCUCAAGUGCUCGCGCUCCGUCGUGCGGCACACGGAGAUACAGGCCACGCUGCAGGAGCAAAAGAUAAUGUACCUGCGGCAGCAGAUUUCGCGGCUGGAGGAGCUUAAGUCGCAGAACUCGUUCAUGUCCGAGGACUAGGGUCUGUGGUGGGGCGCGCCGCCACCCGCGCCGCCGCCCCCGCCGCCGCAGUCCCCGCCCCCUCCG